GAGGUUAGGUUAUUUAUAUACGUUUUGAUUUGAUAUGUUUAUUUGAUAAAGAAAGAACUGUCCCAAAUUUAGAAAUUUGUUUUAUAAAGUAUUCAAAAAUGGUGCGACAAACCAGAGAUCGAAGUAGAACACCCGAAAGAAAAAGAAGGAGGUCGAGAUCAAAAAGUAAAGAUAGAUCAAAACCGUCCCGAUAUAGAAGAAGCCGAUCCAGGGAGAGGGAAUCCAGAGAUACACGUCGAAGAAGUAGAUCUAGAUCAAGAGAAAGACGAGACAGAGAUAGAGAACGAAGGUCUUACAGCAGAGAAAGAGAACGUGAGAGAGAUCGUAGGGAUAAGGAAAGAAGGGUUGAGAAGAUUUCAAGAAGAAAAUCAAGAUCUAGAUCAAAGGAAAAGCCCAAAGUAGAUGAUACUGGAUUAUCUUUUGAUCCAGCUAAUCUGGAUAAAGAGGAAGAACAAAAGAAGCUGGAAAUGGAGAUGGUUAAAAGACGAGAACGGAUAGAAAGAUGGAGAGCUGAGAGAAAGAAAAAGGAACAGGAGAAUUUAAAGAGAGAAGCCAGUAAAGUUAAAUCCGAGCCUGAUACAGAAACCAUUAUCAAAAAGUGGUCACUGGAAGAUGAUUCUGAAGAUGAAGACAAAAACGAUAAGAUGGAAGUUAAGGAAGAAACUAAAUCUUCUGGUGAUUCCCAGUCGAAUGAUGCUUCUGAUCCACCAUCAGUUAGUUCCACACCUAUGGUGGUGCCUGCUAAGGAGGAAGUUAAAGCAGAAGAUGAAGUGGAUCCCCUGGAUGAAUAUAUGAAAGAGGUUCAGGCUGAGGUUCGCAAAAUAAACAAAUUUGAUGUUAAUAAAAAACCUGGAGAAGCUACCCAGAAGAAAGGAGCCUUAGUUAUAGUAACUGGAGUUGCCAAAUCAAAAGGUAAUGUCAAAAAGGGGGAAUUAAUGGAGCAGAAUCAAGAUGGACUGGAGUAUUCUUCGGAAGAAGAGCAAGAAGAUCUCAAAGAUACUGCUGCGAAUAUAGCAAACAAACAGAAAAAGGAAUUGGCCAGAAUUGAUCACAAUAACAUAGUUUAUAUUUCUUUUAGAAAAAACUUUUACGUCGAAGUGCCUGAGAUUGCCAAAAUGACUCACGAAGAAGUGGAAGCGUACAAAGAAGAAUUGGAGGGUAUAAGAGUGAAAGGAAAAGGUUGUCCCAAACCUAUUAGAACAUGGGCUCAAUGUGGGGUUUCGACAAAAGAACUGAAUAUUCUUAAAAAGUUAAACUUUGAAAAACCAACACCAAUUCAAGCCCAAGCUAUUCCUGCUAUUAUGUCUGGAAGGGACUUAAUAGGUAUUGCUAAAACUGGUAGCGGUAAGACAUUAGCCUUCCUUCUACCAAUGUUUAGACAUAUCCUUGACCAACCCCAAUUGGAAGAUACAGAUGGACCUAUUGCUAUCAUCAUGACUCCAACUAGAGAGCUCUGUAUGCAAAUUGGAAAGGAUAUAAAGAAGUUCACAAAGAGUUUAAACUUACAUGCAGUUUGUGUCUAUGGUGGUACUGGAAUAUCUGAACAAAUAGCAGAAUUAAAGCGAGGUGCUGAAAUCAUUGUUUGUACUCCUGGUAGAAUGAUUGAUAUGUUGGCCGCCAACAGCGGUAAAGUUACCAACUUGAGAAGGGUUACUUAUAUAGUAUUGGACGAGGCUGAUAGAAUGUUCGACAUGGGUUUUGAACCACAAGUAAUGAGAAUUAUAGAUAAUGUUAGGCCUGACCGUCAGACUGUAAUGUUCAGUGCUACCUUUCCCCGACAAAUGGAAGCAUUAGCAAGAAGAAUAUUGCAGAAGCCGAUAGAAGUACAAGUUGGAGGAAGAUCUGUUGUUUGUAAAGAUGUAGAACAACAUGUUGUAAUUUUGGAGGAUGAUCAAAAGUUUUUGAAACUCCUCGAAUUACUCGGGAUUUACCAAGAACUUGGUAGUAUAAUUGUUUUUGUGGACAAACAAGAAAACGCUGAUAUUUUAUUAAAGGAACUAAUGAGAGCCGCAUACAACUGCAUGAGUCUGCAUGGUGGCAUAGAUCAAUUUGACAGGGAUUCAACAAUCGUUGACUUCAAAAAUGGCAAGGUAAAAUUACUUGUUGCUACGUCUGUAGCUGCUAGAGGUUUAGAUGUGAAACAGUUAAUUUUAGUUGUUAACUAUGACUGUCCAAACCAUUAUGAAGAUUAUGUUCAUCGAUGUGGAAGAACUGGCAGAGCUGGAAACAAGGGAUUUGCUUUUACUUUCAUAACUCCUGAACAAGCUAGAUAUGCUGGAGAUCUCAUAAAAGCUUUUGAAUUGGCUUCAGUGCCUGUUCCAGAAAGUAUGAGGACUUUAUGGGAAAAUUAUAAAACCAAGCUUGAAUCUGAAGGAAAGAAAGUACACACUGGUGGAGGCUUCAGUGGAAAAGGGUUCAAAUUUGAUGAAUCUGAAGCUGCAGCUGUAAAUGAGAAGAAGAAAUUCCAAAAAGCUGCUUUAGGUUUGGCAGAUAGUGACGAUGAAGACUUAGAACAUGACAUUGAUCAACAAAUCGAAAGUAUGUUUGCUACUAAAAGAACUGUUAAAGAAAUCAAAGCUCCCAUUGGUAUUGUUAAUCCAAAUGCCCUUGGUGCUGGUGUAACAGCCGUAGAUAAACUUGAAUUGGCCAAGAGAUUAGCUUCAAAGAUCAACUUAUCAAAGAGUGUCAUUCUGGAUACUAAAUUUGCAACCCAACAAGCAGCUGAAUCUAUACUUAAAGGCCGUGGUCCUCAGCCAGCUAUAACACCUAAAACAGUAGCUGAGCAACUCGCUGCUAAACUUAACACCAAACUGAAUUAUCAACCAAAAGAUGAUGAUGAUGAAGACCGUAACAUGGAUGAUGAUCAAACGUUUAGAAAAUACGAAGAGGAACUGGAAAUUAAUGAUUUCCCUCAACAAGCAAGAUGGAGAGUCACAUCUAAAGAAGCUUUAGCACAAAUUUCUGAAUACUCGGAGGCAGGAAUUACUGUAAGAGGUACCUAUGUACCCACUGGCAAAAAUCCCCCUGAUGGAGAACGCAAACUAUAUCUUGCAAUUGAGAGUACUUCUGAUAUGGCUGUAUCUAAGGCUAAGGCUGAAAUUACACGUUUGAUUAAAGAGGAAUUACUCAAACUACAAACUGCAGGGCAUCAUACAUUUAAUAAAGCUAGGUAUAAGGUUGUAUAAAUACUUUUUUGUAAAAUAUGUGUAUUGUAAGAAUAAAAUAGAUUUUUACAAAGAUGA